AUGGAUCUCAUCAACCUUAGAAUUCUUUCUUUCUAUCACUGGCUCUUUGUUUGUUACUUGCUAUUCCAUCUUCCUUUAAAUCAUGCUCUAUCAUUCAAGUUCCCUGAUUUUAAACAAGAUGGCAGGUUAAAAUUAAAUGGUACUGCCUCCAUCCAAAAUGGAAUACUUGCACUCACAAGUUACUCCACUAACAAUACUGCAGCGGGCCGAGCUACAUAUUUUGAAGAUAUGCAGCUUUUCGAUCCGAUUACAGGUAAAUCCACAGACUUCACUACUCAUUUUUCAUUCAAAAUAUCAACAAUUACUUCACCAGGCCAAGAUGGGCUUACAUUUUUCCUUGCACCAAAUGGUUCUCAUCUUCCAAAUGAUGCUGAAGGAGGAUGCCUUGCACUUAUUAGCAAAUGUAACGAUUUCACUAUACACAGAAAAGAAUUAGUUGCUGUUGAGUUUGACACCUAUAAUAAUACAUGGGAUGAAACUGAUAGUGAACAUGUUGGUAUCAACAUUAACUCCAUCAAGUCAGCUGUAAGCACAGAUUUGAGCCGAAGUAUGAAAAAUGCAUCUAGAAUUGAUGUAAGGAUCAGUUAUGAUUCUAAAAAAAACAAUUUGAGUGUAUCAUGGGCUUUCCCUGACAGCCCAUUUCUUGGUGGGAAUACUAAUCUUUUACACACUAUUAAUCUAACAGCAUAUCUGCCUGAAUGGGUAUCCAUUGGCUUUUCAGCUGGAUCUGCUUGGUAUUUUGAGACGCAUGACAUUCUUUCAUGGGAGUUUGAAACAAUUUUUUCUUCAGAAAGUUCCCAUAGAGGAUUAAUAAUUGGUAGUGUAAUUGGUGGAUUUUUUUCAGCUUGUGGGGUAGUUUUAAUUUUGGUAUUUGUUUGGAGGAGGAGCAGAGAAAAAGCGAAGGACGGUGUAAGUAAUGGUGACUCUUCCAUGGAACGAGAAAUCGAACAUGGUACAGGACCUAAGAGGUUUUCUUAUGAUGAACUAGUUCGGGCCACAAACAACUUUGCAGAAGAUGGCAAACUUGGGGAAGGAGGGUUUGGAGGGGUUUAUAAAGGCUUUUUGAGUGAUCGGCAUGAAUUUGUUGCAGUUAAAAAGGUUUCUAAACGCUCCAAUCAAGGAAAAAAAGAAUACAUAUCAGAGGUAAAAAUCAUUAGUAGGUUGACACAUAAAAAUCUGGUACAAUUAAUUGGUUGGUGCCAUGAAUUUGGUGAUCUCCUUCUUGUCUAUGAGUUCAUGCCUCAUGGUAGCCUUGAUUUUCACCUUUUUGGAGAAAGAACAAUGCUUGACUGGGCAACAAGGUAUAAAAUAACCCUUAAUCUUGCCUCUUCAUUGCUUUAUCUACAUGAAGACUCGGGACAAUGUGUGGUGCAUAGAGAUAUUAAAUCAAGCAACAUAAUGUUGGAUUCAGAUUUCAAUGCAAAGCUUGGGGACUUUGGUCUAGCGAGGCUUAUGGAUGAAAAGCUGGGCAUCAAGACAACCGGGUUAGCUGGAACUUUUGGUUACAUGGCACCUGAAUACAUAAGCACGCGCAAGGCCACAAAAGGGUCAGAUAUCUUUAGCUUUGGUGUGGUAGCACUAGAAAUAGCAUGUGGAAAAAGAUCAACAGAACCUGAAUUCGAGGGUCCUCAUGUUCCAUUGGUUGCUUUGGUUUGGGAGUCAUACGGAAAUGAAAGGCUUCAUGAUAUGGCUGACAGGAGAUUAAGUAUGGAGUUUGACAUGAAACAGAUGGAGUGUUUGUUGAUUACUGGACUGUGGUGUGCUCAUCCAGAUCCAAGCAUGAGGCCAUCCAUAAGGGAAGCCAUACAGGUUCUCAAUUUUGAAGCUCCACUGCCAAAUCUUGCGAAGAAGAUGCCAGUUGCCAACUAUGAUGUUCAUGUACCUGCUGUCCCUCCAGCUAGUAGUAUAGCUGCGCCCCAUGUGUCUUUUUCAUCUAUUAAUAUUGGCCGGUAA